AUGCUGGGUCCAGAGGGGUCCUGCUGGGUGGGCCUGGGGUCUAAUAGGGGCUUUGUCACGAGUGAGAAGUUUGGGGAUGUUCAGCUGUUCGGUAGUGCCUGCCAGCCCCUGGGCUCCCUAGGGGUGACAGGCCCUGCCUUUGGAAGCUUGGCAGGUAUAAGCACUGAUUCGGAGGGUAAUGUUAUAGUGGCAGACAAGCAGCAGUGCCAGGUUGCCUUUCCAUGGACUGGGACACCCAUCUGCUUGGUGUUCGAGGGGUUGGGGUGGCCCUUGGUUAUGGCCUGUGUGCAGGGCCAGCUCAUGGUGACGCAUGCAGGGGAUGUCUACAUCAAGAUGUACCAGUAA